UAAAUCUAUAAAAUUAUAUUAUAUAGCUUGUGUAAAGAUAAUUAAAAUAAUUUAAUGCUAGCCAAACAAAUAUAAUCUUAAUAUAUUAAGAAUCUGAUUAAUCACUAUUUCAGGUAAUUAAAUCCGCGUUAGCAUAUUUAAAUAUACUACGUACUCUUAUGAUGUAAAUGUGUAUAACUAUUUAUAUAUUCGAUAGAUUGUAAAUAUAGCAAACAUAGUGUGUAACUGAAUAAUUAAAUAAUAAUAAUACUGUUGUAAGAAUAUUGCAAGUUAUAUUUUAAAAUUCAGUCAUUUUAUCCGCUUUAAAAUUACUAUACAUAUUUUGUUAACAAUAAAAUUGGUCUCGUGAAUAAACGACCAUGGUAUAGAAAAAAUAAAAUAAAUUAUUUGACUUUACUUAUUGAGACAAAUCGCAGAUGUAAUCUAUAAUAUAACUGCACGCUCACUGUAAUAUCCAGCAUGUAAAACUUCAUAUCUAAGUAUCGAUCACACGCUGCUUUUACCUGUUGCGGCGACAGCUACACACAUUAUCGCAAUAAUAUACACAAUACAUUGCAAGGAUCACCUGUCGUGUAUCGUUCAAUGUCCGCGCACGCGCUGACCAUUACUACUGCGUGUAGUAGCAGCAGUGCAGCGAAGGGACAGCCACAGUAAGUUGGCUACCUUCGUCAGAAAAUCAUGGAGGAUGAUCUCGCGGAUAGUACUAACGUCUCCACGUAUUUGAUCGACAAAUACAAUGAAUAUAGCAUCCAGAUAAUACGUUGGAUUCUCAAGGCGAUUAGUGCAUGGCCGCGUUCCGCCAAUGCCUCAAUCGUCGACAAAAUCUGGUCCGAUUUCGCGAUAUUCAUGUGCUACUUCCUAAUAAUCGCCAUUAUGAUACCGAACGGUUUGAGUAUGUUAAUGGAUUCGCAGAUGUCCUAUGAGACCAAGCUGCAAAACUUCGGCCCGCUCACCUUCUGGUUUAUAGCGAUGGUAAAUUAUUCCUGCCUCCUGAUGCACGUUGACGACAUACACGACUGUGUGGAGCACGUGAAAACGGACUGGCGAAUCAUCAGGAGUUUCGAGGAUCGAAGAGUGAUGCUGAAAACUGCCAGGCUAGGCCGAUUCAUCGCCGGUUUCUGUGCCGUGUUCAUGCACUGUGGCGUGUUCUCAUACAAUAUCGUCCAAGGCCUCUCCAAGAGCGUUUUACAAGUGGAUAACAGCAGUAUAAUGGUUCGAAAUUUACCUUAUCCAUUCUACAACAAGAUCCUGAACGCGCAUUUUAGUCCGGCAUACGAAUGCGUGUUCUUUGUGCAAUUCCUCUCGUCCUUCGUCGUCAACUGCGUUACGGUCGCCACAUGUAGCGUGGCAGCGGUUUUCGUGAUGCACGCAUGCGGUCAAAUGAAAAUCAUGAUAUCUUGGCUCGAAAAUCUUAUAGACAAUAAAAAUGAGGAAAGGACUUCCGUGAAGCAAAGGUUUGCAAUCAUUGUAAAUCAUCAUUUGAGAAUCUUGAGUUUUGUAUCACGUACAGAAAAAAUUAUGAACAUAAUAUGCCUUGUGGAAUUAAUUGGAUGUACUAUGCAUAUAUGUUGUUUAGGAUAUUAUUGUCUCAUGGAUUAUAUUCAAGAUAACAAACAGAGUAUCUUGUCGCAUUCAAUGGUACUAAUUUCAAUCACUUUUAAUAUUUUUAUAUUUUGUUACAUUGGGGAAAUACUUUCUGAACAGGUAAUAUUGAGAGUUAAACGUAACAAUAAAAAAUUGCACGCUCUAACAAAAAUCCAAUAUAUGCGACAAUAGAGUUUAUAUUCACGAGAAUGAGAUUUAUUAUUGAGCUUUCUUUAAAAU